AGUGUACAGCGCGUCAGUCUGCCACCGACCGCCGAGCCGUGUGGAUGCCCACGUCCGAUACUGUACCUAGCGGCGAGAGUUACGUUUGUUUGUACGUUGCUACGCGACCAUGUGCCGUUCGAUAUAGACCAACCAAGUCGACCAGUGAAGUGUACCCUUGUUGUGACUAGACCAUGGCUUUUUCUGUGUUUUGUGUCGUAGUGCCAUUGCUGGCUGUGUACUCCGCCUCCGCCAACCCCAUCACCAUGGUAGGCUCCGGCUACGAGGGGAUCACCGUCUCCAUAGACGCCACAGUCCCGGCCGAGAAUUGUGGAAUCAUUCUGGCCAAUCUAGAGGUGGCCGCCAACUCCGCCUCUCAAGCUCUUCACCACGCUUUGGACGGCCGUGCCCACUGGUCCAGUGUGACAGUACUACUUCCUAGCCACUGGCCUGACUCCUGCGUGCCGGCCCACAUCCCUGUCCCCUCUCAGGGCGAGACCCCGGACAUCCGCAUAGGCGCUACCCAUCCCGUUUACGGCGACACCGCCUGGACUCAGCAGUCUCGACCUUGCGGCCAACAAGGAGACUUCAUCUACCUCAGCCACCGACUUCUCCUGGAGCCCAGAGAUGUUGGACGAAUGCUCCUGCGGGAGUGGGCCAAGUACAGAUAUGGUGUGUUUGAUGAGGUGGGUUAUUCCGGUGAUGGUGUCUACCCUGCCUGCUACCAUGGUGACCUCACCCAGGACAUCCAGAUCAACGGCUGCUCUGACAAAGCCCUUCAGCAUGCAGGGGAAUGCCACUCCGGGAUGCCGCUUAACGUAUCACACUCUGUGCACCCCGACGCCAAGUCUUCCCUCCUAUUCACAACCGAACCAGAACAUAUCACCCGCUUCUGUGAUACCAUCACUCAUGACCGCUUCGCUCCAACCAAACACAACUCACUGUGUGGCCAUCGCAGCAUCACAGAGGUCAUCCGUAGCCAUCGGGACUUCCAGGACAGUAUCGGCGAAAACAUUGCAGUGAACACAACACCUAAUAUUGUGUACAAGCGAGCGACCUUGACACGAUACGUAGUUGUCAUUGAAGACACCAAAGAUAUGUUGAUCAGGGAGUCGUGGAGUUUCCUCCGCCUGGCAUUGCGGAAGUGGGUUGUUCACGAUCUCCCCAGCAACACAGAGGUUGGGCUAGUCUCAGCGAAUGAGAGCAAUGCUCAGCGUCUGCGGGGUCUGAGUCCUCUGCAGAGUCCUGGGGCUCGAGAUCUCGUUGCCUCCAACAUCCCCUACACUCCUGGUGACACGCGAGCCCCUGCCUGUCUCAGCUGUGGAAUCAAGGAAGCUGUACAGAUGCUCCAAGACAGAGAAAAGAUGGGUGGCCCAGCCGCUUCAAUCAUUGUGGUAAUUGCCCCUGGAACAUCGGAACAUGCUCCAGAGCUCGAUAUGGUGAUUGAAGAGGUCAGUGAUGCCAAUAUGAAACUGGCCACAAUCACAUAUCCCGCACAGCUGCGGGCUAGACCCCUGGAUUGGCUGGCCAACGCUACAGGUGGAGCAGCGUACACUGUCAACGAGUCUCGAUACAACAUGGCUACCUCAUUCCUCUCUACAUAUUUCAAGUUAACCAAUGUCAUGUGGAACAUGAUGGAGACCUACUAUCAGGGGGAUGUUGCCGAUCUCCCUAUUGAGAUCCACAGAAGGGAGUUGCUGGAUGACGGCCGGAACAGUGUCACUGGCAGUUUUGUCCUGGAGGAGUGGUUGGGUGAGCCAGCCAAGUUCUUCAUCUUCACCCACAACACUGAGAACCCUUUGAUUCGUGGAGUAUCACUUGUCAGUCCCUCACACCGAGUAUUCUCUACUCGCUCUGACUCGCUAAUGUCGCUCAAACUGCUCUCGCUGCCUGCCAAUAUAAACGAGACUGGCACCUGGACUUACAACAUCGAGCGAUUCUCUGGCAGCCCACAGCCCCACUAUGUGCAGGUGAUGGCCACCCCCUGGACCCGAACUGCUCCUAUAGUACGUGCCCGCCUCUGGACGAGCGAAACCAACAACCCCUUCAUCUUGUACACUGAGGUGAAACGUGGAGACUGGCCCGUGUUGGGAGCUCGUGUGGAAGUUACUGUCACCCGACCGGAGACUAAUGGAUCUGGCAUCCACAGGGAGAAGUUUGAGCUGCUCGAUACUGGCAGUGGAGAUCCAGACCUGAUGAAGGGUGACGGUAUAUAUUCCCGAUACUUCAGCCCUAGUGUAGGAGGUCCUGGAGUUUACACCUUUGAAGUUUCAGUCACAGAUAAUGGCAACACUGCUUACUCCUGGCAACACGAGAUGAGACAACCUGGCCGCAACCUUGAACUUUCACCAAACUGCUGCGGAAGCUUCAUGCCCACUCCGUCAGUAGAACCUCUGUCACCAUUCCAGCGAGUUCUGCCACCGAUCACUGUGUCUUUCAACAAGGAUGUGGUGAUGAAUCCAGCAGUAGUUGGGCGAGUCGGGGAUCUUAAGGCAGAAAUUCUCCCGGCUGAGUUAAAGGCAAGACUCAGCUGGACAGCCCCGGACAUGGGAGGCACCUCGGUCACGAGAUACGAGGUUAAAUAUGCCCUGACUAUUGGAGAGAUCCUGGACAGCUUUGACAGCGCCACAGCCUGGACACACGCAACACCCUUUCCACUAGCUCCCGGCUCCGAGACCUCCUUCACCAUCGAUCUGACCAGGAAUCCAUCUCUGCUUGACCAAACUCUUUUUGUCGCUGUCAGAGGAUUCAAGGAUCAAUCACCAGAUGCUAUUCCCGGUCCUGUAUCAAACUGGGUGAGAGUGUUAGUUCCAUCCCCUCCCCCACCUCCUCCACCAGCACCCACCUACCCCUCCUCGCCGACUGAAGACAUAUGGCCCCAGCCUGAUGAGAGUGUCAUCCCACGAAUUGCCGACAGGUUGGACUUCAAUCUCGAAUUGAUAUUACCGGUGAUCAUCGGUGUCAUUGUUCUCGCCCUCUGUCUCACAAUCUAUUGUUACUUGUGCAUCAUCAGGCGAAAAAAGCCUGAGAAGUCAUCUCAGAGUAAUUCUCAACACCCAGAAAAACCUUUAAACGUUUCAAUUGUCCCGACAACUCCCACGAGCAAUGCCAACAUCUCUAUCUCAACACCCAUCAUGAACUCCCCCACCCGGUCAGAACCAGAUGCAAGAACCAUGUCCCCACAGUUUGAGCCCUGCCUGAUCGAUCCUGAUGAUCCUAAGAAACGUUACAGCAUGGCCCAGUAUAACGAUACCCACAUGAUGACCAGGGAAGGUGUUGUGCCCAACUCAAAUGGCCACUUGAGUGUCAUCAGUGCCAAUCAUGCCAACCACCACCAAAAUGGGACACUGGUACGAGGGCGAACGCUCAGCCCUUACCAGUCAUGGACCGCCUCGCAGCUGCUACACGAGCACGAGAGGAGGCACAGCCCCUAUGGUCAAGUGGGAGAGGAGUACUUACAGCAGGAGCAGCAGUAUGCACCCCCUGUGCCCCCUCUCCCUGCCUACAACCAGCAGGACAUCUAUGGCAACCAUCAGCAGCAGACUGUGCCUCCUCCUGGGCAGUUCAUCAACGGUUACCACAGAAAUGGCAACCUUAUGCUGUUCAACCCUAGUCUACAAGGGUCUCUCAGUUCUGUCAGCAGUGGUGAUCGGAAGAAACGAAAUGUCACUAUGGUUUAGACUGAGGGCAGCUCAAAUUCUCUUAGAUGCCCUGUGCUAGACUUUUCCCAGGAAACCAAUUAUUGGUAGUUAAGUCUUUGUAUGUUUUUACUUUUGUAUAUAAUUGUAUAUACGUCGUUCAAUGGUUGCUUUCCAGGGAAAAGUCUUUUUAACACUGCUUCAAUUCUCCAUUACAUUGCAAUCAUAAACAUUUUUAACUUGUAUGUUUGUGGAUUUCAUUUUUUAAUCAUAACCAUCUUAUAGUGUCAAAUCUAAUUAUGUAUUAAAUGUUUUGUGGAUAACUUUAAGAAUGUUCGUAAUAUGCAUUCUUUUGUCAUUGCUAUAUUUUAUUUGUUAUUUUACAUAUUAAAAUGUUAAAAAUAUAUUUAAACAACUGUGUAAAUUAAUAUUCUGAUGUAAAACAUAAAUAUUUUUAGUUUAAAAUAAUAUUUUGUUUCAGGUGUAAUUGAAGCAUUGUUUUCUUGCUAACUAACACAAGCAUAUAAGAGUUUUGUUUUACACGCAAAGACUGAUUAUAUUUAUUGUACGAUACUAGGGGCAGGUUGCUCAUCUUUCCUUACAUGGGCAUUCAAAGAGUACAUUUCCCUUAUUUGCAAGAAAUAUGGUGCAUAUAAUUCAAGUUAUCUAGUCAAAGAAGUAUGAAAACUUAUAUAAUACUGAUAUGAAUCUACAAUUCUUAAUACAAAUUACAUAAUAUGUAAUAUGCUACGUGUUUCUACGUUUGAAUGUAGUAGAACAAAAAACUGUCUAAAAAUUAUAAUUAUUUUUAAUUACAUUUACUUAAGCUUAUAUAAUUUAUGACAUAAAAACUACUUACAAAAUGUGUUACUCUUUAUAACUGAAACUCAAAUUCUGUUUUAAUUUUUCUUUAACAUUCCAUCUAAUAUUGCCAAUAACUGUAUUGGCGGCAGUGAAGUAAAUUUGCAUUAUAAUUAUAAAAAUUUCAAAGGAAAUAAAGCGUAUUUCCAUAAUAAUACAUAAUUAUUUUAUUAUAUCUGACAUUGAUCUGUUUAUUUUCUCUUAGUUAUACAAAUAUUUUAUCAACAAGCUCAUAGAAAAUUGUUGAGUAAGGACUGGAUGUAUACUUUGUUAACGAAUACGAAAAAUCAGUUGUAUAUCAUUGUAAAUAAUGUUAUCUUAAGAAAUCAUUGAUCUCUUUGUUAAAUUUAUUCUGUAAGUUAGUUCGUCCAAUCCACAUUGCAGUUUGCAUACUGUUUUCAUUACCGACAACGUACUUUACGUGUUACUUGAUACUUGUGGUAUAACUCUCGAUGUCUCAUAGUUCCACACAACCGAUGUUGUAGCAAUAUACCGACGAUGUUAAGUUAGACAAUCGACAGUGCUGUGUCUUUGUUUUGCCAUGUUUCAUCAAAUGGUUUUACAUUUGGUCAUCGUUUCAAUGUAAUUAGUUAUUGUAUAUACUAUAUGUACUGUAUGUAUUAUGUGAAUAAAUGUAAAUAUAUUUUAAAUAUCUCGA